AUGAACAAACGGCAGCAAAACUACUUCGCUUACGUGUCCAUCAGUGAGAUGACACACGACUGGAUUAAUGCCGGCCAUUAUCUGGAUGUGCCCUACCAUUCACUGUUAGAGAGGCUCUUCAAUGAACAGCUAUUGGACAACACAGUAGUGGUAUUCUUCUCAGACCACGGCUUCCGUUACGGACAGUUACGGCGGACACACCUAUUGGACAACACAGUAGUGGUAUUCUUCUCAGACCACGGCUUCCGUUACGGACAGUUACGGCGGACACACGUCGGAGAACUCGAGAAUCGGUUGCCCUUUAUGUUCAUACAUAUGCCGCAGACUCUGGUCGACCGGCACUCUCACGAUUGGGUGCCGACACUGGCCACCAAUCAGCACCGGCUCACCACACCUUAUGACAUACACGCCACUCUCACUCAUCUAGUUAAUGGUAAACCGGACCCACAACUACCCCACGGUCUCUCUCUAUUCACACCUAUAAGCGAGAACCGAGAGUGCAGUGCAGCCGCUAUACCGGACAUGUUUUGCUCGUGUUUCGCUGAUAAUGUGGUCACAGAUUACCGUCCCUUUUACAUGUCGGGCAUAAUCGGGCAAAUUGUGAAUAAAAUUAACUCAUUGACCGGUAGUGUGCGUGAAAUGUGCGCCAAAUACGAGUAUGAGUCCAUCGCUCGGGUAUAUCAACGCGAAAACCCCCGUAAGGACAGUGAGUACUCAUUGGGAAACACAACCUAUCAUAUCGUACAGAUGUUUAUGAAUCCCGGGAAAGCAUUGUUUGAGACUGUAAUCAAGGGAGUGAACGGCACGGCAGCCAAUAUGACAAUAGUGGGCGAGAUUUCACGCAUUAACCGAUACGGCAAUCAAUCGCAUUGCAUCAACGAUAAGAUACUUAAAAAUUAUUGCUUUUCUAAUUGUCGAGAACCGUGUGUUCAUCGGGACUACGGCUACGGGUCUACAGUUUGUGUGUGUAAUGAACAACAUUGCGACGAUUUAGAGCCGAUCGAGAAGACAGCCGCCGGAGUGGUCACUGUUUACGAGACCAGUAAAAGUGGUCAUCGGUUCGACAAAACGGUACUCAAUGUCGGUUCAAACCGGGGCCGCAAAGCAACCAAAUCGCAGACAAUAACAAUAGAUCGCAGCAAAGGUCUGUAUCAGCGGAUAGUGGGCUUCGGCGGUGCGUUCACCGACUCGGCCGGACUCAACAUCAAGAGUUUGCCGGAAACGCUGCAAAACCGGAUAAUUGACGAUUAUUUUGCCGAAACUGGUGUUGAGUACACUUUGGGACGGAUACCGAUCGGCGGAUCAGACUUUUCCACCCGUGCCUACAGUUAUGACGACAACUCUACCGAUGAUUUCCAAUUCAAACGCUGGGCCCUCGCAGACGAAGACUUCAAGUAUAAGAUCCCAUUGCUUAAGAAAGCUCAAGAAGUGAGCAAACAUGGUCUAAAAUACAUGGCCAGCCCGUGGUCACCGCCCGCGUGGAUGAAGACUAACCACAAACUAAACAAUGGAGGCUUUCUGGUGGGCGAACCGGGAGGCAAAUACUAUAAGGCAUACGCGCAAUACCUUAUUAAGUUUCUGGAUGCAUACAAAGCUAAUGGCGUGUCUCUAUGGGGUCUAACCAUUGAUAACGAGCCCAUCUCCGGCUUUAUGCCCACCUAUGCGUGGAAUAGUCUGGGGUUUACACCGGAAACGCAGCGCGAUUUCCUUAAGCUAGAUCUGGGGCCCGCACUCCUGGCGGCCGAUUAUGGACCCAACACUACGCGAGUGAUGAUAUGCGACGAUCAGCGGGCGUUCAUCGACUCGUGGGCUAACACUAUAUACGCCGAUCGGGAGGCGUCCAAAUACGUGGCCGGACUCGCCUUUCACUGGUAUACCAACACUGAGGCAAACAUUGACAAAUUGGACAUAGCUCACUUGGCUGACCCUGAUAAAUUUCUUAUCAACACCGAGGCCUGCGAGGAGUGGAAAGAUCAGUCAAAACACGUACAACUGGGCAAUUGGGCCACAUUUGAGAGAUACGCCAACGAUAUCAUUAUAGAUUUAAACCACUGGACAUCGGGUUGGGUGGAUUGGAAUUUGGCACUCGAUGAAACAGGUGGCCCCAAUUGGGCCAAAAACAUGGUCGACGCGCCGGUUAUAGUGAACGCCACGGCUCGGGAGUACUAUAAACAGCCCAUAUUUUACGCGAUGGGUCAUUUUAGUAAAUUCCUGCCGCCCGGUGCCCAACGUGUGUAUCAAAGCACUGAUAAGUCGGUGGUUGGCCUCCAGACGACCACUUUUAUCCGCCCCGACGGCGGAACUGCAGUACUGGCCCUCAAUAUGGGUGACGAACCCAUAGAUAUCACUAUCAAUGAUAAUGGAUUGAAGCGAAAUGUGUCCCAUAUAUUGGCCGCCCGUUCAAUGCAAACAUAUCUCUAUUAUUGA